GAACGGGACUUUUAUUUUGGCUUGAUGGUGUGACGUCAUAAGUCUGCGCCGCGCUCCUGCGUCUGUAUUUUGGAUCAGUGAAGAUUGUCCGCACACAGAGAAACAAACACUGGUGAAACAGCUGAGAUUCAUGACACACGGUUAUAAAGAUGGCCUUUAUUAAAGAGGAGACUGAAGAAGUGAAGAUUGAAGAAACAUUGAGUCUGAAACAAGAAGAUACUGAGGAACAAACAGACCUGAUGCCGCUGAAAGAGGAGUGUCAAGAAUUUAAUAGAAAGGAAGAACAAAAUCUGUAUGAAAAUGUUGAUUUCACAACUGGAGAAAAACCUUCUGGUUGCUCACUGACUGAAAAGACAUCCACACAAAAUGGAAGUCGCUCCUGCAUUCAGUGUGGAAAGUUUUUCUCUAGCCAUACAAACCUUGAUGUCCAUAUGAGAAUUCACAAAGGAGAGAAGCCUUUUACAUGCAAACAGUGUGGAAGGAGUUUCACUGCCAAAGGAAGCCUUAUUAGGCACAUGAUGAUUCACACCGGAGAGAAGCCUUUCACCUGCCAAGAAUGUGGAAAAAGUUUCUCUAAUAGAGGUCACCUUAAAGACCACAUGAGUUUUCACAGUGCAGAGAAAGCUUUUACCUGCUCUCAAUGUGGAAAAGGUUUCUAUCAAAGAAAAACACUUAAUAAACACAUCAGAUAUCACUGUGGAGAGAAGACCUACAUAUGUCCACAGUGUGGAAAGAGUUUUAGACAUGAAGCAAUAUUGAACACGCAUUUGAGAGACCACACUGUAGAAAAUCUGUUUGUAUGUUGUCAGUGUGGAAAGAGCUUCAGAUAUAAAUCAACGUUGAACUACCAUUUGAGAGUCCACACUGGAGAAAACAUGUUCAAAUGCGAUCAGUGUGGAAAGGGCUUCAGAAGUAAAGUAAAUCUUACAAUGCACAAAAGAGUUCACAUUGUUCACAAACCAGAUGGACCUGAAAUGUCAGUUGCAAUCCCAUCAGUAGCACACUGUUUUCUUUUGAAAAAGUAAUAUAAUGUAGAAAAUGAUGCAUUUUGGUCAUUAUCUUCCAUUUUCUGUGAUGGUAAAUUUACUGGUAAUUAAAGGGAACCUAUUAUGCCCCUUUUUUACUAGAUGCAAUAUAACAGGCAUCCUCAAAAUGUGUGUUAUUCAGCCCAGAAUACCCCAUAGAUCAUUUAUUAUAUCACUCUGAGAAUUACCAUUUUUGAGUGGAAGCAAAAACAUGCUAUUUCUGUAUUUUCUUUCUCACUCCCUCUGAUGUCACAUGGAACCUGGCUAUGCGUUCUGUACUAGACUAACUGAGACUUGUCAUGGCACUUGUAUACUGUUGUUGUUCUCGUGUUGACCUGAC